UUAGCGCUGCAGGUUGAAUCCAUUGCCCCUAUUUCCUGUCACAUGGCGUGGAAAUAGGAUCCCUGGUUUCUACUAUCUGCUCUGGUCUCCGCGGUGUCAGAGUUGUAUUGUAGCUGAACUACCUGCCGUGACGCUCAGACACUUUUUUCUUGAAGCGACUCUUGCCUAGACUCCUGCCAGCCAAGCAAGCAGCGAGCCAAGCAAGCCGGUCGCCAGCGUGCGCAUCAGGCUGUACUUCACCUGAGAGGAAGAGCCGCUUCAGACUUUUUACUCACACCAUGGAUUCCUGGAGCGCCACCUCUGCGCUUUUCCUGGCUGGCUUUAUCACAUCGGCGGCUUUUCGUCAUUUCGACAGCGAGUGUUACACUGCCAACGGACAGGACUACAGGGGCUUCCAGAACCAAACCAGCCUGAAUGGAGGGAAACCAUGCCUAUUCUGGAAUGAGACUUUCCAGCACCCUUACAACACCCUCAAAUAUCCCAAUGGAGAAGGAGGUCUGGGAAGCCACAACUACUGCAGGAAUCCUGAUGGGGAUGUCCAGCCUUGGUGCUACAUCGCCGAUCACGAAGAAGUUUCGUACUGGAAAUAUUGUGACAUCCCUUCGUGCCAGAUGCCUGGGAAUCUAGGCUGCUUCAAAGACACCGGUCAUCCUCCGACUCUUCCUGGAGUCCAUGACAUCUCCAACAAACUCACAAUCCAGACCUGCAUCAACUUCUGUCGAAGUCAGAAAUACUCGCUUGCCGGCAUGGAGUCAGGUUAUGCCUGCUUCUGUGGCAACGAAGCAGACCUGCAAGACCAUGUGGAAUCGUCCAGCAUGGAGUGUAACCACGUUUGCUUCGGCGAUCACACUCAGCCCUGCGGAGGAGACGGCUGGAUCAUCGUCUUUGACGUCCGGGUUGGCGCCUGUGGCGGGAAUUACACGUCCCCCGCUGGCGUGAUCUACUCCCCCGACUUCCCUGACAAAUACGCGGCCAGCCGCGUUUGCUACUGGACCAUCCAGGUCCCUGGAUCCUACGCCAUCCUCCUCAACUUCACCUUCUUUGACAUCUCCGACCAGACCGACAUGGUGGAGCUUCUGGAUGGCUACACCAGGGAGGUGGUUGCCCGUUUCGACUGGCGCAGCCCGCCGAGGGGGCUGGUGAACAUCACAGGAGACUUUGUUAUUCUGUACUUCUUCUCAGAUCGCACCAAUCAGGCUCAUGGCUUUGCUCUUUUGUACCAAGCUCUCAGAAGACAGGACACCAGGACCACAAUUCCCAGAGGCUCGGAUGAAAAAGAAAGCAAACACGCCUCCAGCACGUUGGGCCCUCAGCUGUCUAGCAGCGUCACCGAGGGAUCCAACAGCACCGCCAACGGACGGACCUCGCACAUCCUCUACGUGAUCACGUCCAGCCCCGGCAAACCCGAGCACAACAUGCCAGGUCAGUGGGCUGGACGCGGCGAGACCACCGGCCACAGCGCUAUGUGGACCAUCUACGCUCUGGCUGCUCUGCUCAUACUGACGGUGGUGGCGAUGGUGGCCAAGCUGCUGCUCCACGUCACGGUCAAGACACCAAACAUCCCGACAGUCAGUGGCUCAGACAGCUGCAGCCAGAGCACAGUGUCCUCCGAGCCAUGGAUCAUCCUGUACCGGCCCUCCACCAUCUCCCUCUUCAAGAAGAAGCUAAAGAACCACCAUGGGGACCUCAGCCCUCUAGUGGGCCACUAAUGCUGCUGCUGCUGCUCUCCACCGUUAUCACCAUCCACAAAUACUCUGCUCAAGGGCCGUCGGAUGACAUGGCUCUGAGACAGUGAAAUCCAACGAGGCGCUUCACUAAUAAGCAAACGACUGAGUGACUAAUGGCAACUGACUCAGUGACUGCAGCUUAAAUGGCCUUUUGGCCAAAACAAAAAAAAAGACAAGGCACUCUCAUUCCUCUUGGCACCAAAGAAGGAGGGUCACACAGGGGCAUAAGGGGCCACAGUGACAGAGAGGAGAGCUAAAAGACUGGAUGGAAGAAGAUCUAGAGGCUCUUCACACGUAAGAGGCCAUUUUCAUCCAUCAUAGCCGUCCUCAGCAAUCAGCAUACCUCUAAAAUCCCUCCAGACUGCAGCUUCAUCAGUGAAAACUCACACCCAAACACCUGCAGUCAAAGCUUAACAGUUUCACGUAAACUCCUAACUGCCUCAUACAGAAGAACAUUUGCUGUCAAAAGCCAGAGUUGUUUCCCUCCAAAGACUUGUAUAUGUUUGUCUUUUCUAUUCUGUUUGCAAAUGCUAAUCUUGAGUUUCAUUCUUUUUCUCCUUGAUGUGUUUGUCAUGAUAACCUGGGUAUAUGAGGAGAGGAAAUGAAUAGUUCACUGAGAUAUCACAACACUUUAGGUGCUGAUCAGAGUGAAGGAGAGCUCCCUCACCCACCUUUUGCUCCAACGUUUGGCCAGCAGACAGCUGCAAAUCUGCAGCUGUCUGCUGCAGAUUUGCAGCUCCAACGUUUUGCUCCCUCACCCACCUUUUGCUCCAACGUUUGGGUGGAGAGAAGAAGUCACAAGAAGGUUUGGGAUUUGUUUUCUCCCUGACAAGCUGCCAGUUUGGGAGUCUUGGGAAGAUCUGGGGGCUUGUUUUUCCCGCUUGGGCUGUGGGUGGGAGUCUUUCCGGUUUCAUGGUGUUCAAGUGCCUUAAGGAUCUCCUCUUCCCCUGCAUCAGAUUCCACACAUCUGUUUCUGUCUUUAUAUCGACCGGGAACCCUCACAGACUUCAGAACUGAUGCAGAUAUGAGGAGUGAGAUUCCCAAGAAAGGAUUUCUCUUUGGAAAAAAUACCAGACAUUGUGUGUGAGGGGAAGUAGAUCCGCCGCCAUCAGGAAAGCAACUCUUCAUAAAAACGUAUAUUUUGUUUAAUUUGUGUGCUCUUACUUGUAGUCUUGGACAUUUACUGAACAUAUUGUUCGCAUUAACUCUUUGUCUUUUGAUUACAGGAGAAAUGGGGUGAAUAUUGUUGUAUAUCCUAUAAUUCAUUGUGGAAACAGAGAUAUUUAUGACCACUCUUUGAUUUUAUUGUCUCAGCAAACCAUUCGAGAGACCCAUCUGCUUUUAUUUUAAACGGUCUCAUUUGGCAAGCUCAAAAGUGGAAUGCUUAGGCAGCAUUAAAGUGUCUUGAGAACGGUACACUCAGAAAGUGCUCAGCGGUGCCACCCGCAAGCCGACGUUACGUUUGCUGCUGUGACAUAUUAACCACUUCAGAAAGGUCAGAAUCUACUAUUGUGCCAUCAGCAGUUGGUUUUUCUUGCGUAGGGUUAUAACGCUUGAGGUGGUUUCUUCACUCAAUGCACUUGGUUUUGCUCGUACUUACAAAACAAAACGGUACUUAUCCUGGCUUGCAUUUAGAUUAUGGUGAAAAUGAACCAAAAUGACCCUAUCAACAACCUGAGCACUUGAAGCAAUGAGCAGAUUCCUGCAGGAUCUGAAUCAAUUAAAAAAGAAUAAUGCAUCGCUGUCUCCCAAUUAGAAGUUUGUAAAAAAAAAAAAAAAUUUUUAAAGUGACUCAAUGCUGUCUUCUGCUCAUCUGCUCAGCUGCAGUCAUUGCAUUGCAGACGCCCCUGGGUCUGCAGUGUUCAGAGCUGACCAUGCGUGGAGAGGAGUGGGACGGGGAAAUUAAUGCGCUUUCAAAUCAAGCACAAGCUAACCAAAUGUGACAGUCGGUAUCUAACAAGGGUAUAUUUGUUUGGCUAGCCUGGUGAAUUAUGCAAACUCCCGACUUCUGUCCCGUCCUCCAGUCGGUCGGAAAAUUCCACGCUACGUCUCUUUCGGAGUACUCAAAAAUGUCCGCAUUUCCCCCCUUUCAGAUUGUUGCGAAUGUCCUGAAGAGCUCAGUGACAUGAAAACAAUAGCAUAGGCCCUGUGGGAAGCUGUCACAAGGGGCCACAAUGUUGUUUUCAUGAAAUUGUAAAUAGCGAAAUAAAGUGAAAUGUUAAUUUAUACAGUAAAUUAUUGUUAUUUUGUAUGUGAAUGGGAUAUAAUCUAUCUUUUGUAUAAGUGAAGUAUCUUUGUAGUUUUAUUUAAUGUGUCCUGGUUGUAAAUAAACACUGUAUGCAUGUUUCUUAA